CAAAGGGGAGAGGAGAAAAAUACUGUUCAUCUUCUACCUCUUCACUCGACGCACAGCAGCAAGGCUGAGAUUUCCCUUUUCCGGCUGCAUUUUUUUUCUCUCAUCUUCUCUCCCUCUUGCUGAUUAUUUUUUUUUUUUGUUUUGCGUCCAAACUCCUCCCCCCCCCCCUCCUCCCCCUGUUUUCAGACCUCACUGCCGUCGCAGCAACUUCCAGCAGCGGCGGUAAUCUCCUCUCUCCCUCUCAUUCUCUCACACUUAUCUUUCUCUUUUUCCCUCUCUCCUCCCCCUCUCCUUCUUCCUCUCUUUCUCCCUGUUCGCGUGUUUUUCCAGAUCGGCUUCUCUUGUUCUCAGUCGCAGAAAGGUCUCACGGUGGGGGGAUAUUUCCCUAUUUCCUCCUGGAUUUUCGGUGACUUCUCACUGCUCUUAUCAAAUCAUUCCUAUUCCCCGACAACCAUAUCAGCUCCCUUCACCAUUUCGGUUCCCAAAAUUAGUCACAGGUCCCCUGUUCUCCAUUGUCACCGCUGAUUAAGAUCGAACGUAUCUACUAUUUCCGACGGCCUUCCCUUCUCAGCUUCAAGUGAAACCCAACACUCAAAAGGACCGCAACCUCACACCAAGCUUCUGGUCGCAAAUGCUGGUCACCAUUGUCGUUCGAGAAGUCAACCCCAAACGAAGCAUAGCCAGCUGACUCUCUCUCUUGCAGCUUUGACAAAGUUCAGAGCCAAAAUCCCAACCGAAGAGAAGAUAGCGAGAAAUGAAUGGAGGAUUCCGGCUCUUCAUUUUCCCUCUCCAAUCUUCUCUGUCAAGAAAAUGAAGGUUGCUUGGAUGGAGAGGUAUACGAAGACGUAUUUCUUAAUUUAAACAAUUACCCAUAUUCAGAAACUGAAGAGGAAUAUAUAGAAAUGUUGGUUGAAAGAGAGAAUAGUUUUGGAAGCAAAUGCCAUGAAUCUACAAAUGACUAUUCGAUGAUGAACGAGAGCUGGCUCAAGUGCGCUCGCUUGGAUGCUAUUCAAUGGAUUUUCAAAACUCGGGCAUACUUUGGAUUUCGCUUCCAAACAGCUUAUUUAUCCGUCACUUACUUUGAUCAGUUUCUUUCAAGGCGUACCAUUGAUAGAGGGAAAUCUUGGGCGAUUCAAUUACUAUCGGUUGCGUGUUUAUCUUUGGCCGCAAAACUGGAAGAAUGCAAAGUACCGGCAUUAUCUGAGUUUAGAGUAGAAGAAUGCAACUUCGAAAGUAAGAUCAUUCAAAGAAUGGAGCUUCUAGUUCUGAAUACGUUAGAAUGGAGAAUGGGUUCAAUCACUCCUUUUGCUUAUUUCCAUUACUUCAUCAACAAAUUUUGUGAGGAAUAUCGACCGAAGCACUUGGUAUCUAGAGCUGUGGAACUCGUCCUCGCUAUAAUAAAAGAGAUGAAUUUGAUGGAUCAUCGCCCAUCUGCAAUUGCUGCUGCCGCAGUGUUGGCAGCAAUGGAUCAGAGAUUAACAAGAAAAACAAUAGAGUUUAAGAUGAGUUCUGUGUCGUCAUGUGGGUCUCUUGAAAAUGAACAUGUGUUUUCCUGCUAUAAUCUAAUGCAGGAUUUAGAGAUGGGGAAAUUGAGAAUACCCAGGCUUGUAAUUUCUCUAGAUAUAUCUUCAAUUUAUACAACUUCAACAGACGUUGUUGAGGAUUCAUCCUUAACCUCUGCGGUGGACACUAAGAGGAGAAGACUUACAUUCAAUGACAGUGAUGAAAAUUGUGGUAUAGUUAAUGAGAAACCACUCCGCUAAGGCAAAUCUAAUUGACGACUAAUGCCAAUCUCGAGAGUGCAUUUUACUAAGAUUUUGUGUUUUUCUUUUAAUUUAUUAUUAUUAUUUUUUCAAUCUGAUUUACUGAUCUAAUGAGUGUUACCCUCCAGUUCCUAGAUAUGAUUUGGAGUUGAGUAUGGGUUUUGUUUUCCGAUGAUACUCAAGAAAGUCUGAUCGACAGAUGAACUAGCAUGCAUUUUAAUAAAAAGGGGAAAAAGAAAGAAAAAAAAAA